AUGUUGAUGUCCCAAAGUCUCUGGCAAGCACCUGUUGACAUCUACGCAGAAUCCAUCCUCGUCAUCGAAAGCGGCGAGUCUGUUGACAAUGAUGGCACCAUGAUCCCGUAUAAGGCCAAUGAUCUUACAGCCUCCGCUGGUCUUCUCUGGAAUGGCAUCAACUCUAAGCCAGAGCCUGCUCUUGGAAACGCCAGCUACCCUGUGCUCGUUGCUAAGGUGCUUGGAGGAGGAUCGGUCAUCAACGGAAUGGUGUACGAUCGUGGCUCAGCUGCCGACUACGACGCGUGGGAGGCCCUUGGAAACAAAGGCUGGGGAUGGAACGGCAUGGAACCAUACUUCAAGAAAGGCACGACAUUUCAGCCUCCUUCCGAGAAGGUUGCUGAUGAUUUCAACAUCACUUGGGAUCCCAGCACAUAUGGCAGUGGUCCUUUGACUGUUAGCAUCACAGACAACCAGUACGAUGAUAUUAAGGACUACUGGGCGGCAUGGAAAGCUACUGGUGUCCACGUCCCGAUCGACGGUAACAAUGGUGAGGCUUAUGGCCCUUCGUGGUAUGCCAACACCAUGGAUGCGAAGACAGGGCGACGAGCCCAUGCGCGCUAUGCGUACAUCGACCCUAUCACCUCCCGUACCAAUCUCAAGAUUCUCACAGGAAACACCGCGCAAAAGAUUGUGUUCGACAACAGAGAGAAGCCUAUGGCCAGGGGUGUUGAGAUCACUUGCGCCGCCACGGGUAAGACGUCUACCGUCUACGCCAAAAAAGAGGUUGUGCUUGCCGCAGGUGCAAUCCAGACUCCAAAGCUUCUACAGCUGAGUGGUGUCGGACCCAAGGCUGUACUUGAGGCCGCUGGCGUAAAGGUCCGCGUUGAGCUUGAUGCUGUGGGCUCGAACUUCCAAGAUCACCCUUAUGCCACCGUCAUCUUCAACACCACUACGACCACCUUUCCCAACCAGAACUCUCUGAUGACCAACGCCACUUUCAACGCCAGCGCUUGGGAGCAGUAUGUGCAGCACAAGACUGGGCCAUAUACAUAUGCUCGCGGGAAUGCUCUUGCUUUCAUCUCCCUGCCUGACAUGACCAACGAUACAAACGCCAUAGUCAGCAGCCUGAAGGGCCAAAAUGCUGAAAGCUACUUGCCAGCUGUGUACAAGGGCAACACAAAGCUGCUGAAAGGGUUUGCUCGCCAACGCGAAGCAAUCGCAAGCAUUUUCAAGCGCCGCGACGCUGCUGUCACCGAAUUCCCCGUCCCUGCCGAUGGUACUUUUGGCCUCGUUGGCGUAGAGAAGCCUCUGUCUCGUGGUACUGUCUACCUGAAUGCCUCUAACCCGACUGGCCCGCCAGAGGUAACCCACAACGCUUUUGUCAAUCCCAUCGAUCGCACUAUCAUGGCUAUUGGCCUCCGCUUCUUCCGCACUGUCUGGGCACGUCCUGAGCUCAGCCGCUUCAAGAUCUCUGAAACAGUGCCUGGUGCGAGGUACACUACCGACAAGGAGAUUUACGAUGCUCUACUUGCCCAGGCUUCGUUGUCACCCACACUUGCUCACCCAGCAGGUUCUUGUCCCAUGAUGCCUGAGCAUGCUGGAGGCUGUGUCAACGACAAGUUGAUGGUCUAUGGAACUCAACAUCUGUCCAUCGUUGAUGCUUCUAUCAUCCCCAUCAUCCCCUCUUGCCAUCUCCAGGCGACUAUGUACGGUAUUGGUGAGAAGGCUGCAGACAUUCUGAAGGCACGAUAG